CGCUAAAUCAAGACUAGCCGGCCGGCCGAUCGAAAUUUGCAGCGUACAUUCUUUCUUCGAAGGAGCAAUCGGGAGGGGAUAGAACUUGGCAAAGUUCCGUACGAUCUACACACCGUAAACGUCUCUGUAUUUUGCAUUCCGUGCCCGAGAAACAGUUGCAAACAUGGCUUACUCUGCACGUCUGUCAGCGAGACAACUGCAGUUUGCCUUGGCAACAGGGUUUCAAGCUCGCAUGAUCCAGACCACAGCCAAUGCUUCUCAACGUGCCAAGAUUGCUAUGAGUCGUUUUGAUCAGGACAAGUACAUCAACUAUGACCUGAUAGAAAACAAUGUGAAGAUUGUAAAAGAACGCCUGCAACGACCUUUGACAUUGUCUGAGAAGAUAGUAUAUGGCCAUUUAGAUGAUCCAGAAACUCAGGACAUAACUAGAGGGGAGAGUUACCUGAAGUUAAGACCAGACCGUGUCGCAAUGCAAGAUGCUACUGCACAGAUGGCAAUGCUACAGUUCAUCUCAAGUGGCUUACCACAGGUGGCAGUUCCCUCAACGAUUCACUGUGAUCACUUGAUUGAGGCUCAAGUUGGUGGUGCCGCGGAUCUUGCAAGGGCAAAGGAUCUCAACAAGGAGGUUUAUAAUUUUUUGUCAACCUCCGGUGCCAAGUAUGGAGUUGGAUUCUGGAAGCCUGGCAGUGGGAUCAUUCACCAGAUUAUACUAGAGAACUAUGCCUUCCCUGGUGUGUUACUGAUAGGCACUGACAGUCAUACUCCCAAUGGCGGAGGGUUAGGCGGUGUGUGUAUCGGUGUAGGUGGUGCUGAUGCUGUUGAUGUUAUGGCUGAUAUCCCAUGGGAAUUGAAAUGUCCAAAGGUAAUUGGAGUUCGGUUAACAGGAACACUGAGUGGUUGGACAGCUCCUAAAGAUGUGAUCUUAAAGGUAGCUGGCAUCUUGACAGUCAAGGGAGGUACGGGAGCCAUUGUGGAAUACUUUGGUCCUGGUGUGGACUCUAUUUCUUGUACAGGUAUGGGUACAAUUUGUAACAUGGGAGCUGAGAUUGGUGCUACUACCUCCGUGUUUCCCUUCAACAGUCGUAUGGCAGAUUACCUCAAGGCUACACAAAGAGAAGAUAUUGCAUCCCGUGCCAUGGAAUACCAACAUUUAUUGACUGCUGAUGAAGGAGCUCAUUACGAUGAAGUCAUUGAAAUCGACCUCAGUGAGCUUAAACCACAUGUCAAUGGUCCUUUCACACCGGAUCUGGCUCAUCCAGUUUCAUCAUUGGGACAAGCAGCUAAAGAUAAGAACUGGCCACUUGAGGUCAAAGUUGGUUUGAUUGGAAGUUGCACUAACAGCAGUUAUGAGGAUAUGAGCCGAUCAGCCAGCAUUGCUAAACAAGCACUAAACAAAGGACUCCAGUUUAAGUCCAAGUUUACCGUAACUCCUGGAUCAGAGCAAAUCCGUGCUACCAUAGAGAGAGAUGGGCAGGCUGCCGUGUUUAGAGACAGUGGUGCAAUAGUGCUUGCAAACGCUUGUGGCCCAUGUAUUGGCCAAUGGGACAGAACGGAUGUGAAGAAGGGAGAGAAGAACACCAUUGUGAGUUCUUACAACAGGAACUUUACAGGACGUAAUGACGCUAACCCAGCUACACAUGCAUUUGUGGCUUCCCCAGAGAUAACAACAGCGCUUGCUUUGGCCGGGUCACUUGACUUCAAUCCUGUGACAGACGAACUAGAAGCACCAAGUGGUGAGAGAUUCAAACUAGAAAGUCCCUUUGGUGAUGAGCUGCCCAGCAAGGGUUUCGAUCCCGGAGAGGACACCUAUCAGCCUCCAGUCAGCAAGGGUGUAGCAGUAGAUGUAGACCCUGAAAGCAAACGCCUACAGCUCCUAUCACCCUUCCAGCCCUGGGAUGGCAAAGACUUGGACAACAUGCUGGUACUUAUAAAGGUGCAAGGCAAGUGUACUACAGAUCACAUCAGUGCUGCAGGACCUUGGCUGAAAUACAGAGGUCACCUGGACAAUAUCUCCAAUAAUCUCCUUAUCGGUGCCACAAAUAUUGAGAAUGGGGAGAUUAACAAAGUGGUGAACAGACUGAACGGAGAGACUGGCUCAGUGCCCGACACUGCUAGACAUUACAAGGCCCAAAAUACUGGCUGGGUAGUUGUAGGAGAUGAGAACUAUGGAGAGGGAAGUAGCAGGGAACAUGCCGCUUUGGAGCCCAGGCAUCUUGGUGGUAAAGCAAUCAUAGUCAAGAGCUUUGCUCGCAUCCAUGAGACAAACCUUAAGAAGCAGGGAAUGUUACCUUUGACCUUUGCCGAUACUGCUGAUUAUGAUAAGAUUCGACCUGACGACAGAGUAGCUCUGCUGGGAUUGAAGCAGCUUGCGCCUGGUUCGCAAGUAACAUGUCGCCUGACACACAGCGACGGUAGCCAUGAGGAGUUUCCAUUGAAUCACAGUAUGAAUGAAGGCCAGAUUGAAUGGUUCCAAGCAGGAAGCGCCCUCAACAGGAUGAAAAUGAAGAUCGCAACCGAGUAAACCUUUGGAAUCACUAUUACACAUCAAGGCCCAAUUUCACAGCACUGCUUAAUGGUUUAGCAAAUAUUCAUACUUACUGUUAUAGAACUGCGAAGGUCGUGGGUUCAAAUUCAACCCGGUUUCAAAUUUUUUUUUGAAUCUCACCCGAGUAUGCCUGUUUUUUUUUUUUAGAGAACUCAGUAAAGUACUGCGUAUACAGUGCUAACACACAACGGUUUCGAUGGGUAAAACCCCAAUUUAUAUUCAUUAUCUUUAGGCAAAUUUCAAUCUAUUCCUGUAACAGAAAAGUUUGCUAUCAUGGUGUAAACGGAUCUGGCCGUCUUGUGUUCACCAUGGAUUUGUAUUAUCAUGGAGGUACCAUGGUAUUAUUAUGUCAUUUAUUUUCGUACAGAAGCACCGGAAGGUUAGCAUGCCUUUUCGCACAGUAAGCAUGAAAUCGGUCGUUAAGCAGCGCUAUGAAAUUGGGCCCAAAUACCUCACAAGUUACCACAAAUCACUAUAAGUCACUACCAAUGACAUCUGUAUCACAACUUGUACAAAUGCAAAGUUAAAUUAACAAAUAAAACAAGUUGUCUACUGGACAGCAUGAUCACAUAUAGAAGAAAAAAACGCAAAGAGAUUCAUCUUGAUCACGCAUGUUUUAGAAUUUUUACUAAAUAGUAAAUGAUUUUUUUUUUUUUAAUUAUAGAAAAUGGACCUCAAUUGACACCUUCAACUGAAAGCACGGUAUUUCUUAGGCAGAUAUUUGUAUCAUCCUUUGGAAUGUAGUGUGUACUGUUUCUGUUCGAUACUCAUAUUCAGUUGAAAUUUGCAUAUAUACUGAACAGUUUGCUUGAACAUGUUUGAUAAAACUUCCAAAACAAAAUAAAAUCAACACCUGCAUCUCAUACACCUGUACAUGUACAGUACAGUUUAUACCUUGUGAUUUAUUUCUCCGUCAUUAAAUAGUUACUUUUGUCUGUUUAAUGUUCUUUAUUCGCAGCCGUGACACUCUACCAACUUUUGUCCGAUCUUCGAAUGUUUUGCCCUUAGAAGUAUCAGAAGAAUUGUGAUUAAAUAGUCUGAAAAGCAUGUGUAAGUCGACCCCAUGUGAGCAUGUAGGUCAGCCCUUGAAUUCAAUCCAUUUUUCCUGCUUUAUAUCCAAGAACCAAAUAUCCUGCCUGUGUAUUUGUAGUCAUACUGCUGCUUCUAAGUUUGAUUUGACUUGAUUGAACUUCCCAAACUCAACAUUUACAUGCAUUCUAACUUUAUCUUAGUUUCAAUUAGCUAUGUCUGGAAUUAAACU